AUGCGACCUUCUCUGACCCUGCUGGCUUCCAUCUCUCGCGGCCAAUCGUCGAAGCUCAAGAAACCAGCCAUCGGCCUAGAUCAUUUUAUCCAACGGCAACGUGUUAUUGCACUAUGGCGUGAGAUUUCCCGCGCAUUGAACAAGAUUCCCAAUUCCUCGACCCGGGAUGAGUUGCACAACUAUGCUCGCAAGGAGUUCGAGCGUAAUAGAAAUGUGACGGACUUGCAACAUAUACGGUAUCUCAUCUCAACUGGAAAGGCUGAAUUCGAGACGAUGAGACGCUAUAUUGAUGAGCAAAUCGUCGGCUGA